AUGGUUGCCACCCUGGUUUUUAGCGUCAUUGCGAGCUUUGCCAUCUAUCAGAUAAUCUCCAAGUAUCGGGGCCUGCAACGCAAUAUCGCGCUAGCAAAGAGCUCGGGACUACCUGUAGUGGUAGCGCCAUGGUAUACGUUCAGCAUCCUAUGGCUGUCGACGUUCAAGCUAUGGUUGCCGUUACUGGAGAGAUUUCUGCCACAAUCAUGGCGAGGCAUGUGGUUUGAUCUUCUGAAUCCAGAAUGGAGUUACAUGACCGGACAUGGGCCUUUCGAGAAGAUGGGUAUGGACGUCUUCAUGGUCGCAUCUCCUACCAGAAAUGUAGUUUUUGUUGCAGACGCGGAAGCCGUGACUCAGAUUACCACCCGCCGCAAUGACUUUCCCAAGCCCCUUGAGAUGUACACGUCAUUGGACAUUUACGGCAAGAAUCUGGUGAGUACUGAAGGAUCAGAUUGGCGCACACAUCGCAAACUUGUCGCACCAAGUUUCGGUGACAAGAACAAUCAGCUCGUGUUCAACGAGACUCUCCAUCACGCAAAAUCGAUGCUGGGAUUGUGGGCCGGAUCCGACGGUAAUGGCAAUGAGACUAUUGCCGAUCCUUCCGUUGCGGCAAUGAACUUUGCUCUCUAUGUUAUCAGUGGAGCGGGUUUCGACGUACGCGUAGUAUGGCCACACGAAGAGGGCAAGAAAGUGGAGGACAAAAAGAGCGAAGACUCUAUCUUUGUAGGAUCGGAAGCCCCUCCUGGCUACACCAUGAGCUACAGGGCCGCUCUAAGCCAGCUGCUACACAACAUCAUGUGGACCCAAGUCAUGCCACUUAAGUGGCUUGCACGAUCUCCAGUCAAAAUGCAUCGUGAAGUCAGCGAUGCGGCCCACGAAUGGGGUAAGUACAUGGAUGAGAUCUAUGAAAUGAAGAAGACCCAAGUCGAGUUCGGCGAGACUCAAGCAAACAUGGACAUAUUUGACUCUCUGAUCCGCGGAAGCGGCAUCACCAAGAAAGAGGGUUCAAAUUUCACGAAGAGCGACCUGCUGGGUAAUGCAUUUGUGCUUAUGUUGGCGGGCCACGAAACAACUGCCAACACACUACAUUUCUCCAUGGUAUUCCUCGCCAUGAACUGGGGCUCCCAGAAGCGGCUGCAAGACGACAUCGACAACAUAUUUGCGGGCAAGCCCAUCGACGAAUGGAAGUAUGAAGAGCACUUCCAAAAGCUAUUCGGAAGCAUGCCAGCGGCAGUCAUGAACGAAACUUUACGGCUGCUGCAACCAAUCAUCAACAUCCCGAAGUCUACUCCACCGGGUCGACCACAGCCAUUGAAUAUCGGGGGAAAGCAGUAUAUGGUGCCUGGCGACGCUCACGUAUUCCUCAGCGCAGCCAUACAUCGCAACCCAAAGUAUUGGCCAACACCAUCUGAUGACUCAAGCAAGGACGACCUAGACCAAUUCAGACCUGAACGCUGGCUCGCGGAUAGCAAGCCCGAUAACGAUUUCGUUGACAUCAACUAUGACGAUGAAGGGCUACGUGGACCAGCAGGCGAAGACACUUCAUCUGACCUCUUUAAGCCCGUCAAAGGCUCAUACAUCCCCUUUAGCGACGGCUUCCGAUCAUGCAUUGGUCGACGCUUUGCUCAAGUGGAGAUUCUCGCGGUAUUGGCCGCGAUCUUCUCUCAGUACAGCGUUGAACUCGCAGUCGAUGACUUUGCUUGUGAUGAAGAGGUGGAGAAGAUGCCAAAGGGAGGCAAGGAGAGAAGAGAUCUAUACAAGAUGGCUACGGAUAGAGCCCAGGACCUGAUCCAGACCAAGAUGGCGAGUAUCAUCACGCUGCAGUUGAGGGGCGUCUCGAUACCAAUCAGAUUGAUGAAGAGGGGAGAAGAGAGGUUCGCUUUCGAUGUCUAA